AUGGCCUCACAACCUGCAGCCACAAUGGCUGCCUCAACCUUUGCGCGGAUGGCCAAAGGCCAAGUCCGCCACUAUUCUGCACCACUGGAAAUGUCCAUCCCGCAAUCCAAAAAAAAAUACAUCCCUGCCUCCGGCACCUACCCCAAGGGCUUCAACGUCUCCGGCACGCAUGUCGGCGUGAAAGCCUCCAACACCAAGUUCCCGGACCUCGCGCUCAUUUCGUCCGAGACGCCGUGCUCGGCUGCCGCGGUGUUUACGACGAAUAAGUUCCAGGCCGCGCCGGUGCAGGUCAGUCGGGAGACGCUGCAGAGUCGGCGGGGAAGUGGGAUUCGGUCUGUGGUUAUUAACUCGGGGUGUGCGAAUGCUGUUACGGGUAAGGGAGGCGUCGAGGAUGCAAUUGGCAUGGGGGGUAAGGUUGAUGAGUGCAAUGGGGUUGCUGAGCCGAGUACCAUUGUCAUGAGUACCGGCGUUAUUGGACAGCGCCUGCCGAUUUCCAAAAUCCUCUCCAAAAUCCCGGCCGCCCACGCCAACCUCUCCCCAACCCACGACUCCUGGCUCACAGCCGCCCGCGCAAUCUGCACAACAGAUACCUUCCCCAAACUCCUCUCCCAAACCUUCACCCUCCCCUCUUCCCCCGGCCGCACCUACUCCCUCGCUGGUAUGACCAAAGGCGCGGGCAUGAUCCACCCCAACAUGGCCACCCUCCUCGGCGUCCUCUGCACAGACGCCCCCAUUGAGCCGCCCGCCCUUCAGUCCCUGCUCAAGCACGCCGUCGACCGCUCGUUCAACUCGAUCUCCGUGGACGGAGACACAAGUACCAACGAUACCAUUGCUAUUCUCGCGAACGGAGCUGGCGGCGGGGCGCCGGUUAACUCAUCCUCGUCGAAUGAUUAUACGGCUAUGCGUGAUGUUCUGACUACCUUUGCGCAAUCGCUCUCGCAGCUGGUUGUUCGUGAUGGCGAGGGAGCUACGAAGUUCGUCACUGUGCGCGUGCAGAACUCGCCGUCCUACGACUCUGGUAAACUCAUCGCUUCGACUAUUGCUCGCUCCCCGCUUGUCAAGACGGCUUUGUACGGCCGCGACGCGAACUGGGGACGUAUUCUCUGUGCCAUUGGAUACACGCAGGGCGUUGAGGCUGGCACUGUGGUGCCAGAGCGGACGAGCGUGAGCUUUAAGCCUGUUGAUGGUAGCCCUGUGUUGAAGCUCUUGGUGAACGGUGAGCCGGAGCAGGUUGAUGAGGAGCGGGCGAGUGCCAUUCUGCAGCAUGAGGAUUUGGAGAUUCUGGUUGAUCUGGGUGGUGGUGAACAGGGUGAGAAUGGUCUUGGUGGUGAGGAGGCUACGUACUGGUUCUGUGACUUCAGUCAUGAGUAUGUGACUAUCAACGGUGACUACCGGACUUAA